AUGGGUAAGCACACAACUGCUUACAACAGGCUGGUCACUGUCGCGGUCGCCUUUGGCUCCCUGACAUACGGCUACUGCUCUUCCGUCAUUGGCAGCACAAUCGGACAGCCAGGAUGGUACAGUUUCUUCGACUUGCCCCAGCAGGGCGAGCCUGGUUACGGCACCAAGACGACUGAAGCUAUCUCGACCGCAAAUGGAAUCUACAGCGCGGGCGGCGCCAUUGGCACGCUUUUUGUUAUGUGGGCUGCUACUGCGCUGGGUAGGAAGAGAUCUAUCCAGAUUGGUGGAGCCUUUGCGUUGCUGGGAGGAGCAUUGCAGGGCGGUGCAGCAAAUCUGAGCAUGUUCCAAGCUGGCCGAAUCUUGGCUGGCAUCGGCAUCGGAAUCCUCGUCACGGUCUGCCCAAUGUACAUGGGAGAGCUCGCACCACACGACAAACGCGGAUGGCUUGUAGGACACCACGCCAUAUUUCUUGUCUUUGGCUACAUGCUCUCAGGCUGGCUCGGGUAUGCCUGCUACUUUGCAACGGCCAGCAUGCCAGGCUUCGCUUGGAGAUUUCCGCUGUGCAUGCAAUGUCUAGCUCCCACUGUCCUUCUGGCAACGUCUUUCUGGAUCCCGGAGUCUACACGAUGGCUGCUGCAGAAGGGCCGGGUCGAAGAGGCAUGGACCGUUGUUCGUAACUUGCGAAAGUCACCGGACGAUCCAGAUGAUCUAGUCGCUCGAGAGGAGAUCUACCAGAUCAAGGAACAACUCGCUUUGGACUCCGCCAAGCUCAAGGCACUGGGUUGUGGACCUCUCAAGGCAGUCAUCAAGAAGAAGAGCUACCGAAAACGGUUGGCAAUAGGCUUCCUGACACAAUGGGGCGCCGAGUUCGCCGGACCACUAAUUAUCAACAACUACUCGGUCAUUCUUUACACCAACCUCGGUCAAACUGGGUCUAUGCCUCUGCUCCUUUCGGCCUUAUGGCUUACAACCGCUGGCAUCAUCUACAAUCCGCUCGGCGCCUGGCUUCACGACAGAAUUAAUUCACGUCGAUGGAUGUUUAUGACCGGCUUGUUCGGCUGCUUGAUUACCACGAGCGGACUUGCUGCCUGCAUCUCCGAGUUUUCCGGGACUGCAAAUAAGGCAGGUAAUGCAGCAGGCGUCUUCUUUGUCUUUCUAUACCUGGCGUUCCAAGGAACCUUUUGUGAUACGACCAUGUAUAUCUACGUUGCAGAGAUCUUCCCAACCGAGAUUCGCCCUAUCGGCAUGGGCUUUUCUCUGUUCGGCCAGUUCACGAGCACCAUCAUUCUGCUUCAAACAGCACCAAUUGGGUUCGUGAACAUCGGCUGGAAGUAUUACCUGGUCAUCAUUAUUUGGUGCAUCUUCUUCAUACCAAUUGUGUACCUGUACUUUCCCGAGACUGCUAAGCUGUCACUUGAGGAGAUCUCUGCCCGUUUUGGUGAUGACGUUGCCGUUCAUGUCAACGAUGUUCCGGCCGAGCAGCGCAAAGAGCUUGACGAGUUUAUUGGAAAGCUGGAUAUUACCCAUAUGGAGGAUUCAGCAGCUAAAAGCAAGGCUAUGAUGUAG